AUGAUCCAUGAUCCAACACAGCCAGACAAACCUGGAUCACUGAUUGUUGCGAGCAGGAAGACCAGCUUUCUUCUCUCAUUUCCCCUCGCUGCUCAGCUGGAGCCUGUGUUGUCUAGCACACCUCGCAGUUCUCCUAUUGAGACCGACCCAGACCUUCCUAGUCUUACCUCCACUUCCACUGGAUCCCUUGACCUUAGCUCCAAGCAGCUCGGUAUCCUGACAGGUUCCCCUCCGGAAUCGUCCGCCCUUGCCCAGUUCUAA